CAGAAACGAGGUUGUUUUUAAGAGAGAAGACUCAGCUGAGUGAAGCAAAGCUCAAAGUGAAGAAGAAGAGGAAGAAGCAGAAGCAGAAGAAGAGGAAGAGCAGAGAUUCAGAGUUAAGGAGACUAGAGCAGGUCUUCAUUCGUUUUCAUUUCCUUAACUGAGAGCAACUCACUGAAUACAGAAUGCAUUUGACGGUGCUUCUGUUUGUAUCGGCGCUCUCUGUGGCGACCUUCGCCCUCGACAAUGGAUUGAUGAGGACCCCUCCGAUGGGCUGGUUGGCCUGGGAACGAUUCCGCUGUGACAUUGACUGUGAAAACGACCCCAAGAACUGCAUCGGUGAGAACCUGUUCAUCGACAUGGCAGACAGACUGGCAGAGGAUGGAUGGAGGGAACUUGGAUAUGUGUAUGUGAACAUAGAUGACUGCUGGUCCUCCAUGCAGAGAGACAAGGACGGGCGGCUGCAGGCUGACCCUAAAAGAUUCCCAGGAGGCAUCCAUAAACUGGCACGCUACAUGCAUGACAGGGGUCUCAAGCUGGGGAUCUACGGGGACAUGGGGACACACACAUGUGGCGGCUACCCCGGCACAACACUGGACAAAAUCGAGACGGACGCUCAGACCUUCGCCGACUGGGAAAUUGAUAUGUUUAAAUUUGACGGCUGUUAUUCUAACGCCUCAGUGCAAGAGGAGGGUUACCCUCGCAUGUCAAAGGCUUUAAAUGCUACGGGCCGUCCCAUUGGCUACUCCUGCAGUUGGCCGGCCUACCAGGGUGGCCUGCCACCUAAGGUCAACUACACUCAGUUGGGCGAGAUCUGCAACCUGUGGCGCAACUACGGCGACAUCCAGGACUCCUGGUCCAGUGUCCUAAGCAUCACUGACUGGUUCUUUGAAAACCAAGAUGUCCUGAUACCUGCAGCUGGACCCGGAAGGUGGAAUGACCCUGAUAUGCUGGUUGUUGGUGACUUCGGCCUCAGCAUGGAGCAGUCUCGGACUCAGAUGGCUCUGUGGGCGAUUAUGGCCGCUCCUCUUUUCAUGUCCAACGACCUGCGCACCAUCAGCAGCGAGGCCCGCAACAUCCUGCAGAACAAAAUGGCCAUCAGCAUCAACCAGGACGUCCUGGGCAUCCAGGGAAGACGCAUUUUAAAGGAGAAGAGUGGCAUCCAGGUGUUCUGGCGUCCCCUGGCAAACGAUGCCAGUGCGUUGGUCUUCUUCAGUCGUCGUACUGACAUGCCCUACCGCUACCAGACUUCCCUCAGCAAACUCAACUACACCACCGGCAACUACAAGAUCUAUGAUGUCUUCACUGAAAAGACCAUGGUGCUGAAAGACUCCACUGACUUUGUGGUGUCGGUGAACCCGACGGGUGUGGUCAUGUGGUACGUGGGUGCGCCCGCCAAACGUAACUUUCGCCAGUUCUACAGAGGCGGCAGACUCCAGGGAUCUGCAUACGAUGAUGAGGACAACACCAUUAAAGAGUUCUUCCUCUGAUCUCUGACUCACUGAACAUAAUAAUCACAUCACUGUUUCUGCCUUGUGGCUCUUGAUGAGGCAUUAACUGAGAAGGGACAGAGGGCUGAUUUCUGUGUUUUACCAUGAAGUGCCAACAAACAGCUCUAAAUUGUGUUAUCUUAAAAGAUUGGCACUAUCAAGUUCAAGUAAUAAAUUCACUUUAAACUCGGGGUCAGCCAUUUUACAUCUGGAUAUGUCCCUUAUCUCAAAUUCUUUCAUGUCAUGAUUUUCUCAAAUUCUGCACUUGCAGUAUCAAUAUUGAUCAAGUAAGUGAAGGGGUCCAAAACUAAGCAUAUUAUUAUAUUAUAAUGAGAAAAUCAAUGAUUCUGAAAACAUGAGAAGAUAACAAAAAAAUUGCAAUGCUACUUUUUCUGAAUAUUUACAUUGAAAUUGUGAUUUUUUUCCCAACAAGAUUUCUUUUAACCUAUCGAGGUCUGGAUGUUGCACUGCUCAGGAUAUUUUUUUUUUUUUUACCUGUUUUUAGGAAUUUAAGAGUUUUUAAGAAUAUGAAAUGAUUCUGUGAAUUAUGUGUUCUGUCUUCACUGAAUUAAAUCUAUCUUUUCAAUCUGCAAA